AUGUGCUUAAGUGAAGAUGAGCACAUAAAUCAUGAUAAAACGCAACCGCGAGAAGUGAAUUAUAAAAAAUUCAUUGGUGAAAGACAAUAUAUGAUACCGUUUAAAAGUCGAAUUAGUCAGCCAUUUCAAGAAGGACAGACCAUUCAUGCAGUUGGUAUGAUAAAACCCGAUGCUAAGAGAAUUGAUAUUAAUUUCCACAAAGGUGCAGGUAAAGAUGUUGACCUUCCACUACAUCUCAGUAUUCGAUUUGAUGAAGGAAAAAUGGUCUAUAAUUCAUAUGUGAACGGCAUUUGGGGUAGCAAUGAGCAACGAUUAAAAAAUCUUUUCAAGCCAAAUACAGAAAUGGAUAUUAGAAUUCGUAUUAUCAAUAAUAAAUAUCAGGCAUGCAUUUGCAUUUCAAGCAAUUCAAAUGAGAUAUUUGCAAAUCGUGUGGAAGUGGGUACAUUCGAACAACGAAUACCGCUAGAUGGAGUGGAUCAUGUAUCGAUUAGUGGUGAUUUGGUCAAUCUUCGAUUAUUCCAUUACGGUGGUCGAGUGUUCCCGAUACCAUAUACAGCGGUCGCUGAAGUUAUCCCAGGAAGACGAUUGGACAUUUCUUUAUUCCCAACUGGCAAACGAUUUAAUAUCAAUUUAUACAACAGUAAUCGACAGUAUGCAUUGCAAACAUCAGUUCGAUUCAACGAGGGUACUGUAGUACGGAAUGCAAUGGAGAAUAAUGCUUGGGGACGAGAGGAACGAGAGGGUGCGCUACCGAUCGUCAAAGGAGAAAU